AUGUGUAUUGUCCUUACUGUAUCGGUUUCUUUUGAAUUCACUGCAAGUUCCACCAUAUCAAAGAGUAUGAACAGAGAAUUUGGUACUGCACUAGCUGGUGCAUUUGAUCUUGGAGCUAAAUAUUUAGCUGAAUUGAGUGGAAAAGAAGGGCCAGAUCCUAUAAUUCUUGAGAUUUUGAUUUUCACUAUAGGUUCUUUAGGCACAUUUACAAGAUUUUACCCUCAUAUUAAGAAAAAGUAUGACUAUGAAACUGUGAUAUUUGUCUUGACUUUCAGCUUAGUCGUUGUCUCCAGUUAUCGAACAGAAGAUAUACUUCAAUUAGCUAAACAGCGGAUAACCACCAUUCUUAUUGGUGUCUCCACCAUCAUGGUCAUCUCCAUGGUUAUCCUUCCGGUUUGGGCGGGAGAAGACCUUGUUAAGCUUGUUAGUGUCAAUCUUGAAAAGCUAGCAGGUUUGGGCGGGAGAAGACCUUGUUAA